UAUAACUUUAUUUUAUAAACCGCUGUGUGCGACGGGUUUAAAAGAACUAGCCAAGCUUAACUUAUUCAAGAUUUGACUACAUUUCUUUUUCAUUUUCGGGACAGUUUGUAAAUGUAAAUCAACUUUAGUGUCCACAUCGAGUGACUUUCCUGUGAAAAACGUUCAAUAUACGUAAAGUAAAUCCUUUCAUUUACAUGGGGUAUUUUUUUUAUUAAGACUGCCUGUAUUGCUAUAAUUAUGGAGAAAAAAGAAACCUGCAAAACGACAACAAUUGUAUUAAUUAAAACUUCCAUAAAACCGUUCCAAUUAAAACAGCACGUGCCGAUCUCCUCACUCACUGGCUCGGUUCCGGGGACCGUUUUUUGCCGGAAGCUGGUUCUGCGUUCACCUGUCGGGAGCGCGCACGGCUGAAACCACACUAGAAAUUAAGCUUUAACGUCCUAUGGCAAAGGAAUAUUUUAGUGACAAUGAUGUCUUCGGGGUUCAUCAGUGGGGAUGAAUAAAAGUCUGACGUCUAUGAACAUCUAGUCAUCAACGUUGUAAUAGACUACAAAUGAGUAUUUUCGUUAUACAAUUGGUCAAAACUCUUUACUAGUUCACUUGAGACAUUUUGGCUCUGAAGUGUUCAUUUGAUACAUUAGGUGAUUUUGUGCUUAAAUAACACAGGAAUCCAGUCCAAAGAAAUACUAUUUAACUGUAGAAUAUACAUCAGAGUUCACUCAGAAAUAUGUUAUUGAUUAAUUAUUACAAGUUAUUAAGGGACUUUAAUCUUGUCUCCUUGUGGACAAACGUGGAAGUGUUUUCAAGCACCAGCCUCCCUUCACAAAAGCUCUCAUUAAGCUCUAAAACGGACAUUAAAGUCCAACCGGCUCCGUCUCCCGGUGCCUGCUGUCCCCCAGGCGGGGCCCGGUCACCCGGCCCGGGUCUCGGGGAGCGGGGGGGCCCCGGUCACUCGGUGUUUGGCUCCCAGAGAGAACCGGAAGGGGAGACUCGCUGGACUCGCACUACGCGGGAAAUUGAAAACGCGAAAACAGAGCAGCGAGAGCGCCGGCACAUUCGUUGUUUCCGGGAAGCCGAACGGCCUCAAAUAUGAUCGUGACAAUGAUGACUGUCCUCGUGGUUCUUCACGCCGCUGUCGGAGCCUCCCCGGCCGUGUGCCCGAUCCCGCUGAUCGAGGCGGUGGAAGGAGACAACGUCACGCUGCCAUGUCACCUGUAUCCCGAGGUCAACGCGGAGGGUCACACGUUCGACUGGAAGAGGGACGGCCUCGAGAAAUGGGUCUACGUUUAUCGGGAUAAGAAGCCAGUUGAAGACGACCAGAGGGACGAGUACAAGAACCGGACGCGCGUCGACCCGAUGGGGCUGAAGAGAGGAAACAUGUCGCUGCUCAUCUUCCCGGUGAAGCUGUCCGACUCUGGAUCGUACAGAUGUUUUAAUGCGAAGAUGAAUUCCUUCUGCUACGCAAACCUCUCUGUUGUCCCAAAGAACCAGACGAAGAGUCGUGAUCCUACAAAUGUCCCUCCAACGUCAGAAGACCCUGGUGCUGAGAAGAAGACGGAUGUCUGGAUCAUUGUUGGUUCUGUCCUCGGUGUCCUCGGUGUCCUCGUUGUUGUUCUUGUGAUGAAAUACAAGGUGGGUUGACAUUUGGAGGAACUUCAGAGGAAGGAGGCCAAACAACGAUGAACCGGUAACCGUGGUGACGGGGCCGAGGGAGCUGGGACAAGACGCUCUCGCAGCCGAAGAAGCUUCCAUCGAGUUGAUGGUCAACAACAACAACAACAACAACCACCAAUCCGGAAAAUCCUCCGAGGUUUAUUAAUGAUGAUUGUAUUCCUCUGUUUGGUUAGAAAAACUAAAUUCAGGAAAAUCUGUCACUUUGUCUUCCAAUGUCCCCAAACUAUAAUAUCUCCUCUGCAGGUGUCGCACCCACAUCUCAGGUAUUCAAGUGAUUUUAAAUCCUUUAAGUCUUAGCUACUGUAGUCAGGGACACGCAAGGGACACGCAGGGGACACGCAAGACCCCCUCGCGUGUCUUUUGACCCCUCCUUGCGUGCGUCGACCCAUUUUUCUAGACUUGCGACGCCGCACCAGGCUGUGAUUGGUCUGCUGACUACGUCCUUUACGGAGUCUCACGUCUCCGUUUUCACAGCACAAUACGGCCGUUAUUGAAAGGAAGAACGUCGACGAGAGAACGGAUCAGAUUGAAGAGCUUUUGUCUGAAGAAAUGUGUAAAUAUGAGCACUUGUACGAGACACAGUAGCUUUAAAGGUGGACUCUAAACAUAAGAUCUGUCCCGUGAAGCUGUGCUAUACCAAAUCUAAGCUCCCUUUUUUAUUUUUGUAUAGUUUUAAAAUGUAUUAACCUUUUUAAGCUCAUAAGUAACCAGUUAAGAUGAAUGUGAUCGUGUCCCCUUUUUAUUUACGUGUGAUGUUUUUUUCCCCCACUUUUAUUUAUCUCUUUACUUCUGCCUGUAUUUGUUGUGUCUCUGUUGGAAGUUAAUAAACUGUUGUACUUUAA